GAGGAUUAUUUCCUGAAAAUUAACAUACUGAGUGAAACAUAAUAAAGGUGACCUUAGUAGGCCCGGAGUCACUCGCAAUAGUCCAGUCAACAUGCAUCUCUUGCUGCUGCUGUCCGCAUCACUAUGUCCAGCCCUGGUUUUGGCAAGACCACAGGGUAUGCUUCAAGCAUCUGCAUCAGCUGGAAACCCCAAUAAUGGACUGUUUGCAUCUGCAUCAAUACCUGUUCCUUCUGAUUCUGAUGAAACUCCUGAAACUGAAUCUGCAGAUGCAACUAAACCUGUGGAAAGUGAAUCUGCUGAUCCAUCUCAACCUGCUGGAACUGAACCUGCUGGUGCCCCUGAAUCAGUAGAAACUGAAUCCACUGAUGAAGCCUCUCAACCAGUAGUAGACUCUGAAUCUGCUGAUCCCUCCCAACCAGGAGAAACUGAAUCUCCUGAUGUCCCUGAAUCAGUAGAAACUGAAUCCACUGAUGAAGCCUCUCAACCAGUAGUAGACUCUGAAUCUGCUGAUCCCUCCCAACCAGGAGAAACUGAAUCUCCUGAUGUCCCUGAAUCAGUAGAAACUGAAUCCGCUGACGAAGCCUCUCAACCAGUAGUAGACUCUGAAUCCGCUGAUCCCUCCCAACCAGGAGAAACUGAAUCUCCUGAUGUCCCUGAAUCAGUAGAAACUGAAUCCGCUGACGAAGCCUCUCAACCAGUAGUAGACUCUGAAUCCGCUGAUCCCUCCCAACCAGGAGAAACUGAAUCUCCUGAUGCCCCUGAAUUAGUAGAAACUGAAUCCACUGAUGACGAAGCCUCUCAACCAUCAGAAACUGGAGUUGUUGAUGCCCCUGAAUCAGUAGAAACUGAAUCCGCUGAUACCUCUCAACUAGCAGUAACUGAAUUCACAGAUGGUUCUGAUAUUGGUGUAACUGAAUCCACGAUGCCUAUAAUAGUGUUGUAACUGAAUCCACUGAUGUCCUCUGAACCUGCUGCAGUGUCAGAAACUCAAUCCGAAGCAUCUGAAACUGGUGAACCUCGUAUGGGCUAACUAAAUUCACUAAACUUUCUUAAACAAAAGCUGUAACUAUAAAACUUGAUAACUCCCUUGUACCUCUGCAGCCCUGUGGAUGUUUUGUGAUAUUCAAAAAUGUAAAUAUUUUAAUCCCUAAGGUUUACUACAUCCACCAAUUACCAGUUCCUAUUUCAACAACUGUUGAAUUUAUGUCACCUUUAGAUUAUAAAAAUAAAGAGACCAUUACGUCAA